AGGAACUGGCAAGUGGAAAUCAAUCGUCGGCUGCACUUCCCCGGCUAAGGCGGAAAGGGGGCGGCUCUUACCCGGCUCUGCCGCCCGCCCGGUUCCCUUAAAUAAAAAGGCGCACUUCCCUCUCGCAGAAACAGCUGACAAGCAGGCAGAGUCAUAUGACCGCUAGCCAGGAAAUCGCGGGGCAAGAGCAGAGAUGUUGCUGAAACUGCCGCAGGCGAUCGCGCUGUUUUUUCUGGCCACUUUGGGCUCAGGUGAGUUUUGAGGGGAACUGACCUCCAGCUGAGUGCCUGGCUUUUUCGUGUGUGUUGUUUUAAGCUCUUACUAGAGGACAUAAACCACUAUCUGACUUCUAGAAGACAUCCGAAGGCAACCCUGUUUGGGGAAGUUUUUAAUGGUUGAUGUUUUAUCGCGUUUUUAAUAUUCUGUUGGGAGCCGCCCAGAGCGGCUGGGGUAUGAAUAUUUGUUGUUAUUAUUCGCAAUUAAACUGAACUGUAAAUGCACGCUUACUUAUUGUUUCCCAGCUGCUUACAUCUCUUUGGAAGCAGGGUCCCCUCGUAUCCAUGGGCAUAGCCAGGAUUUAUUUUUAUGGGGGGCGGGCAGGGUUUCUGUUGGGGAGGCAGAACCAAAUUAUCUGCAAUGCAAUUGGGCAGUUAGUUAAGCAUUUUUAUUUACUUGAUUUAGGGGGAGGGCAGCUGCACUCUCCACCCCCCUGCCCCGCCCAUGCUGAUAUCUUAAGGAAUUUGCUUCUGGGUUGCAUUCCCCUGCCCGCCGCCGCAACCCUGUACGCUGGGAGUGAUACCUGUCGGAUUCAGUGGGGUUUGCUUCUGAUUAUAGGAUCAUAGGUGUAGCCAAAGGUGGGGGCAGCUGCCCCCCCCAUCAAGAAAAUAAAUAAAAAUACUUAGCUAAAAGUAGAGAUUUUGACAGAUUUUUCCGAGCACUUGGGGUCAAAAGAAAGUAAUUUAAAACAACUGUUGUUAAGACAUUCCAUCCCAAAUCUGCUAGACCUGGGGUCAGCCAGUGUGGUGAAGUGGUUAAGAGCAGUAGACUCGUAAUCUGGGGAACCGGGUUUGCGUCUCCGCUCCUCCACAUGCAGCUGCUGGGUGACCUUGGGCUAGUCACACUUCUCUGAAGUCUCUCAGCCCCACUCACCUCACAGAGUGUUUGUUGUGGGGGAGGAAGGGAAAGGAGAACGUUAGCCGCUUUGAGACUCCUUAAAAAGGUAAAGGUAAAGGGACCCCUGACCAUUAGGUCCAGUCGUGACUGACUCUGGGGUUGCGGCGCUCAUCUCGCUUUAUUGGCCGAGGGAGCCGGUGUACAGCUUCCGGGUCAUGUGGCCAGCAUGACUAAGCCGCUUCUGGCGAACCAGAGCAGCGCACGGAAACGCCGUUUACCUUCCCACCGGAACGGUACCUAUUUAUCUAUUUGCACUUUGACGUGAUUUCGAAGUGCUAGGUUGGCAGGAGCAGGGACCGAGCAACGGGAGCUCACACUAUUGUGGGGAUUCGAACUGCCGACCUUCUGAUUGGCAAGUCCUAGGCUCUGUGGUUUAACCCACAGCGCCACCCACGUCCUUAGGGUAGUGAUAAAGUGGGAUAUCAAAUCCAAACUCUUCUUCUAAGGCCCAUGGGCCGGAACUGGCCCACGAGUCGCCCCCAACCAAGUUGCCCGCUCGUGUGCUGUGCUAAAAUCGCGGGUGCACGCAAUCCAGCCCACGGAGGGAUCCCCGCAGGACCGAUCCGGCCCAGGCAAGAUACACUUUGGUGACCCCUGUGCUAGACAGAGCCAGAGGAGGAAAACAGCUGCGUGUCCCGCCCUCCUUAACAUAAGUCCUGGGUAUAGGAUUGCACAAUGAGUUUGCUUUUACAGAGAAGCUCUUUCUGCCUGAUGGCCUUGAUUACUUUCAAGCCGGGUGAUCUCUGCAAUGGUUCAGAUGCUGAUCCCUGUAGCUCUCUGUAGUGAAACACAUUGGUUGGAACCCCUAAACGGACGGGUUGGUUAUCCUCCACCUGAUCCUCUCUACCCACACCCAGCCCUUGUCUCUGGAUGUACCAAUGCAAAAGGAGGAUGGGGCCCCUGAACCUGUAAUGUCUGAAUGGAAGAAAAGGAAUAUUAGGAGGUCAAAACUUACCGCAUUGUAGUAUUUAUGCAGCCUGUUAGGGAAAGAAGAGCUGAAAUCCCCUUGUGUGCACCAUGACUAAAAGUGCCGGGGCGAUGUCCUCUUUUGCAGUCUAACCCUGUAGCUGUCAGUAUCGCAGGGGUAGUCUUUGUGGGGGGCAGUCAGAUGUUAUGGGACUUCAGCUCCUGGCAGCCCCAGCUAAUAUGGCCAGAGCUCAGAGAUGGUGGGAACUUGGAGCCUAAAAGCAAGUACAGGGCACUCCAUUGAAUAUCCACACUAGGCACUUUUCAUGAUGCCCCCUGCUGCAGCACAUUAGCCAACACAUGAAUGGGGAACUGUGGCACCCCAGAUUUUGACCUUUAACUCCUGUUGUCCUUGGCCAUUAGCUAUGUAUCUGUCUCAACAGUGAAAGACAUUAGAGCAGGCUUCCUCAACCUUGGCCCUCCAGAUGUUUUGGGACUACAACUCCCAUGAUCCCUAGCUAGCAGGACCAGUGGUCAGGGAUGGUGGGAAUUGUAGUCUCAAAACAUCUGGAGGGCCGAGGUUGAGGAAGCCCGCAUUAGAGUGAUGGGUACCAGAGCAAGGGUGUUCUGGUGGUGGCCCUGUGAUUGUGGAAUUCAUUCCCCAUCUUUGACCUUUUUAAUGUGACAGUCUCCAUUCAUGUCCAUUGUUGUACUGAUGACUUCUGCUCAUUUUUAUGGGCAGUAAUCCAGUUUUUAACUCCACGUUGUCCGUUACAUGUUUAUACUUUGCAAUUAGUGAUAGGAAGGUAACUGUUCCCUUAAAAGGCAGUCUACAAAUCGGUCAAUAAAUCAGAAAUAAAUGUAUGUGUGAAAGUUCUGCGUGUUUGCAGGAUUUGCCCUGUGUUUCCAAAGUGACCAUCCUGUGCAUUCUUCAUAGGAGUAAAUCCCAUGGAACACAGGGAAAUAAAAAGGUAUAGAAACACACACAGUGUACAUUUUUUACUCUCUGGGACUAAAUUUGUCAAACUUCCACCCCCUCACCAUUAGAUUUAACAAUUAAUUGCAUUCAGCAGGGGAUUAGAUUCCCAGCAUAGAGAUGGAGCGAUGGCCGGCUCUGGCUGAAUUUCUGCUGAAAGAGUUAAUAACAGCCACGUGAGAAAAAGGUGGCGCCGUUUUCUGGGAGUAGUCCAUUCGCAACCAUAGCUUUACACCUACAGAUGGGUGGGGAGGCUACUCUCACCCAGAGCAGUUGCAUUGACUGUUGUGGCAUCAGUUUCUGGAGGAAGGCUGAAUCCUAUUGGUGGAAUGCAGUGAGCGGCAAUCAAGGUUUUAUUGGAAGCCUACAUGCCAAAAACUUGCCUAGCAGCUGGUUUCUAUGCCUGUGUUUAUCAAGCUGUGUGCUGCAGUUAGGGGCGAGACUGAAAUGUGACAACCCUUCCUGUUUGCUGAAACAGCUCCACACCAGGCCACCUGAUGCAGUAAUGGCUUCCUCAGUCUCGGCCCUCCAGAUGUUUUUGGCCUACAACUCCCAUGAUCCCUAGCUAGCAAGACCCCAGUGGUCAGGGAUGCUGGGAAUUGUAGUCUCAAGUCAUCUGGGGGGCCAAGGUUGAGGAAGCCUGAUCUAGUAGGACGAGAUGGUAAAAUGGGUCUGCCUCUUCUGACUGCAAAUGGAGAGCCGCACUACUGAAUGUUGUGUGCGUGAUCUCUGCAAGCACAAAACUAGCACAGCAGGGAGAUAACAUACAGAACGUUUCUCCCCGAUGUGUUUCUUCCCGAUGUGUUUGAUUUCUUCUAGGGAGUUCUUAAGAGGAGGAGCAUUCAGAAAUGCCCUACAUGCAGUCCGAAGUACAGUGGUACCUCAGUUUUCGAACAUCUCUGUUGACGAACAUUUUGGUUUUCGAACGCCGUAAACACGGAAGUAAAUGCUUCGGUUUUCGAACAUGCCUUGGAAGUUGAACAUGGCACGUGGCUUCCGCGGAGUGCAAGAUCCUGAGGCCUAGCUGUCAGCUAUUGAGUUUUGGGUUUUCGAACGUUUUAGAACUUGAACGGUCUUCCGGAACGGAUUCUGUUCGAAAACCGAGGUACCACUUUAGUAAGUCCAAAGUGGUAAGAAGUCAUUUCGCCACCUCAUUUCUGCUGGAUGUGUGAACCAGACCACAACCUCUUAUUCACAUGCAUUUUCAUUUCAGAAAGCUGAAUGCAUAAAUAUAUUUAUGUAUUGUCCCAGAGUAACAGUGCUCUGGGAUGCCAGAGGAAAAAUACAUAGCUUCCCGGGGUGUGGACAGAACACCCAGUGCCUCUGAGUAAUGUGACAGAUUCUGAGAUAUAAUCCAAGCGAGAUGGUAAAGUACACAGCUGUGGGGGUGAAGGUCAAUUAGUUAUCUCCUUUCCGUGAUUGGUUGUGCCUAGAAUAUCCUAGCUGUUCACAAGACUUUACGGAAGGAGCUGUAGGCUGCCUCUCUUCUGCUGGCAAUGUUCUUGAAAUGUCCAGUCCUAACUGAGGUGACUGCCCAUCCAAGUUAUGGUUGUUUGCGCUGAUGCACAAUGGGACUUGCCCCCCUUCUCCUUUCCCUGUGUGUCCCUUGCACCAUCCCCAAAUCUACUCCAGAGGAACCCCCCAAAUAUAUUUAGGUGGCUUGGAGGAGAGUGGGAGGUUGUUCUGUUGCGCAAGCAGAAAUCCUUACGGUGAAUGUUCACCUUAGCGCUGUGUGGAAUACAACCCAAAUUAUUGCUUUAAAUCAGGCGUAGGCAAACUCCGGCCCUCCAGAUGUUUGGGACUACAAUUCCCAUCAUCCCUAGCUAACAGGACCAGUGGUCAGGGAUGAUGGGAAUUGUAGUCCCAAACAUCUGGAGAGCUGGAGUUUGCCUAUGCCUGCUUUAAAUGACACCAAAUACCCUUUUGCAAUGUAGCCUUGAACGUCUCUAAGAGUAGGCCUCUGGGCUUCUGCAGAUACUCUGACCUCAGCCUUGUGGUUUGUCUGAAUUGCCUAAGAAUCCUUUGCGAGGGUGUGUCUAGUAAUUUUUCAGCGACGAUCUGGCAUGCAACUGCUUUUAUGGAUUCGAGUUGCACUGUACGAUACCAGCCUGACCCAUUGCACAAGUAGCAGUUUCUCAAGAAUCAUUGACACAGUGAUAGAAGAAGCAGCUUUGUGUGUUGAAAUGGGCCGAACAUUGAUCUUGGUAAAGUCAUACCUCGAGUUGAAUGUGCUUCGGGUUGAGUGCGUUCGAGUUGCGCUCUGUGGCAACCCGGAAGUAACGGUCUGGGUUUUGCCACUUGUGCAUGCGCAGACAAUCAAAAUGACGUCAUGCGCAUGCGCGGAAGCGGCAAAACGCGGCAUGCGCAGACGCACCGUCGUGUCUUGCGUUCCGUUCGGGAUGCGAACGGGGCUCCGGAACAGAUCCUGUUUGCAUCCCGAGGUACCACUGUACUGGAGUCAAAAGGGUUCCUGUCCAUAUUUAUUAUGUCAAGCGCAUACACCACCUUUCUAUAAAGUGUAGCAACCGGUGUUUUUUCUCCUCCUCCUUUUCAGCUGUGUAUUUAGAGGAACCAAAAGAACCGAAGCAGGCAUGGGGGUAUGUCACUGUCAGGCCCAACGCCAGCAUGUUCUGGUGGCUGUACUAUGCUGACAGCCCUGCGAAGAAUUUCACGCAGCUCCCUCUGAUCAUGUGGCUUCAGGUAAGUUCGGGCAGGAUAUGGGGUGUGAUUUGCAGAAGGAUUAUGCUAUCAGUUUACUGCGGCAGUCAGCAGCGGGUGGCGCUGUGGUCUAAACCACUGAGCCUUUUGGGCUUGCCGAUCAGAAGGUUGGCGAUUCCCUGUGACAGAGUGAGCGCCCAUUGUCCUUUCCCAGCUCCUGCCAACCUAGCAGUUCGAAAGCACACCAGUGCAAGUAGAUAAAUAUCGUAUUUUUCGCUCCAUAAGAUGCACCUAAACAUAAAACGCACCUAGUUUUUAGAGGAGGAAAGGGGGAAGCCCAUUUUUUUGAGGAUCAACUCAAAGUUGUUUAGCUUACUUUGCAAAGGGAAAAAAUCCUGUUUUUAUAGGGUUAAACUCACAGUUCUGCAGCUUCUUUAGGAAAGGAAAGGGAGUUGUUUCUACAGUUUCCAGACAUAUAAUCUAAUCAGCCAAUCACAUGUCGCUGGGGAAACAAACAGCCUCCGUCUGCAGAACAUUCAACAAUGGAGGCCUGGUCAAGGGGCCGGGGCCGGAAAGGGAGCCAGCGAUCGACCACACAUUCGCUCCAUAAGACGCACAGAUAUUUCCCCUUACUUUUUAGGAGGAAAAAAGUGUGUCUUAUGGAGCAAAAAAAUACGGUAGGUACCGCUGCGGCAGAAAUGUAAACGGCAUUUCCAUGUGCUCUGGUUUCCGUCAUGGUUUUCUGUUGCGUCAGAAGCGGUUUAGUUAUGCUGGCCACAUGACCCGGAAAGCUGUAUGUAGACAAACACUGACUCCUGAGAGUGGAGAUGAGCGCCGCAACCUCGUAGUUACCUUUGACUGGACUUAACUGUCCAUGAAUCCGUUACCUUUUACCUAGGUCCUAGGACAUUGUUAUAGAUCAGUAUAUUGUGAUGUUUUAGCUAGUGAAACAUCACAAUGUUGAAAACCAGAUAUCGCCCAGCCCUACUGGCUGAUGUUGGGACUCCAACUCCCAUCAGCGCCAGACUGUAAAGCCCAAUGGUCAGGGAUGAUGGGAGUUGUAGUUUAACAUCUUGCAGUGAUUGCUGAGGAAACGCAAUCCAUGUUCAGCCAUAGGAGAAACCAUCUACCUCUGAUGACCUACUUCACAGGGAUUUUGUGGAGACAAAGAAUGGAAGGGCUAUAAAAGGUUUAUAAUCUGUUUUUCUCUGCUUUUUCCCCUAAUCUGUGUGGCUUCACAGGGUGGCCCGGGGGCUUCAGGAACAGGAUUCGGAAACUUUGAAGAGAUUGGCCCUUUAGAUAGUGAUCUAAAGCCAAGAAAGACAACUUGGGUAUGUAUCAUGGCUUGUGACUAGAAGAUUCAUUUCCUACCCACCCACCCAUUGCUGUCUAAGGAGUUAACCAUGCUUGCUCACAUGAUUAUGAGAUUAAGCAGGAAAAAGUGUGUCCCAUGGAAUUUAAUAUGAAUGGCUCUUCCAGAUCAUGAUCUCUGCACGUUGCAGUUGAUCAUACUAUAUUGCAGUUUCUGUUUCCCGUUUCUGUUUUCCUUUGCCCAUACAAUAUGUGAGCUUUAGGAUCCUUCCUGCAUGUUUUUAUCUUGGAACCAGAGUUGGCACUUAUUUUAUUUAGUCAUUUAUUUGUAAAAAUAUUUGAAUACUGCUAUAUCGCAGAAAUGUGUCAUCGUGGUUUGCAACAAUAAAAAGGAGACUAUUUGGAAAAUAACUGUAAACAAGUGAAAACACUAGCAGGAUUAAGGUAAAUUCAAUGGUAUAAUAUAUAAAAAAGGAAGAAUAAAGGGAGAAAAACUAAAAGGACAUGUAAGAAUGUGCAGGAAUGGUGGGGAAAUUAAAGGAAUCGGGGAAGGGGAAGGGAAGUCGUUGAAUGUUUUGUCAUAAAAAAAGAUAUUAAUGGUGGAAAUAUAUAUUCGAAUGUGAAUGUGAUUUUGGAAACGGUAAUAAUGAAAAUUAUAUUUUAAAAAUGUGAUAAAAACCAAACAAUGGAAGUUUUAACUGGCCCUGAUCCUUUUAAACGAGCCCAACAAACAGAAAUGAAGUGGGUGAAACAUCAUCCUGAGUGAAAAAUGGAAUUGUAAUUCCAGGAAAAGCCUCACUUGCUUAAUUUCUGUACAUUAUGUGGGUGGUAAAAGUCAUUGUCAAUGUUGUUGUUGUGGUGGUGUGUGUGUGUUUCACAAGAUUAGCUAGCCUCAAAGGCUUGUUGCUGCUUAUGCUGAUAGUCAAAACUUGCAAGCGUACGUUAAAGAGUUUGUACUGUGGCUUUCUUCGUAUAUAUAUUUACACACCAUCUUCUAAAACCUCAAACAAUGCAGUCGAAAAACAAUAACCUGGAACAGGAGGGGCAAAAAUGGGCUUUGUUUCACCUGGGUCAAAGACCUGGUUUGGCACACCCCACACAUUUGCAUGCGCGCGCACACACACACACACACACACACACACACACUCUCACACACACUCACACACACAGGCUGGGAGCCUCAAUGGCACCUCUUUGGAGGCUUCAGUUGGGCCAAAAAAACCUGGCUAGCCACACACCCACCCAGUAGUUAUGGCUCCGAGGAACAGUCCACUUACGGGGCAUCAAAAUUAUUUUCCUUGUUUUGCCCAGUUUGAAUCUAUCUGUUGCAAACAUCUGAGCCUGAUGGAAAAGUGAAAUGUGGGAACUCUGGGGAGGGUUUUUCUUUACCAAAUGCGCAAUCAUGCUUUGCUCUGUUGUCAAGUCAUCUUUAGCCACACUACUGCUUAUUCUCUUUCUGUGUGUGUGUUUUGCCGAUGUAUAUAUAGAAGGCUUACUCUGUUUUCUUUUGGUGCUGCAGCUGCAGACAGCAAGCUUGCUGUUUGUCGAUAACCCUGUUGGCACUGGAUUCAGCUAUGUGAACGAUACGCUUGCAUACGCCACAAAUCUCUGCACAGUCUCCACGGACCUGAUGGUGGUUCUCAGAGAAUUCUUCAAGUCUAAGCCCGAAUUCCAGGCAAGUAACCAGAUAAGGAUGGAAUAAUUUUAAGUAUUAGGUAGGAAAUGUUACUUCUACAGCUAGAGCUGCAAGUAGUCCACUGAAUGGCCACACGAGCCUAGAAUCGAGUGUCCAUGUAAUAUAAAAAAAUAGAAAUUACUUGAAAUAAACAAAUAGGCCUAGGAUUAAAUUAAGUUACAAUUAAAUAAAUGGGAUUUAGAAUGUUAAGAAAAGUGAGUAAGAUGGACUAUAAUUGAAAUUGUUUUAGUUUAAUAAUGAUAUUGGAAAGCUGUUACUUUUAAUUGCAAGGAAACUCAGAAGGGAGGGAUUUGAGGAAGUCAACCAAGAUGUUUAAAAGGUUGGAUUUGUGAAGAAUUAAGUUUGUUGUUAUAGUUUAUCUGUUUAUUGUUCCCCCUUUCCCCCCUUUUUUCCUUUUCUCUUUCUUCUUUUUUCUUUUUUUCUGUUUUUGUGUAUCAUCUUGCUUUGUGGUUUGUGUUAUCACGGUGGAAAAUCUAAUAAAAAAAUUAUUUAAAAAAAGAGAAAAGAAUUGAGUGUCCAACAUUUUGAAGUCAAAUGUACAUAUUAUGGCGAUUACUUAUGACACUAUUAUCUCUACCCACCAUCCCUGCCGUGAUGUGUGUGACAUGAGGUCAUUGGUUACAUGGUAGAAUUUGGAAGUAUUUUUACUUCCAGUUUGAUUAACCACAGUUUAGUGUUCCUCCAGACCCCAAACUGCCAUUAAUCUGAAAAAUUGGCAAGUCUUUAAACCAAGGGUUAUGACGGUGGGUUGUUGUAACAAACUAUACUUGGGAUCGAUCUCAGUUUAGCGUUCAGACAGAAUGCUGAACUAUGAUGAAUCAAAGGAAAUACACCGGAAAUCGGGAGAGAUGGGAGGAGCUCAUGUGAGCUCAUUCCUGUCCCAAUAAGCCAUCGUUUUAUCAUGACAUCUGAAUGCCCCUCUUGUGUUGAGAAUUUCCCCGCCCUGCAAAUGACGCUCGAUGAAAAGGGGAAGUAUACGUCCAUUUUAGAAUCCCAGUUUUGUGUUUUUCAGUUACUAGGCCGAAUGACUUUCCAGAAAGGUUUGAGAGUUUCCAAAGCCAUUGUAGAGUACAGGGAUUGGAGCAUGAGAGUCUCAACACUUUGUUUAUUUCCUGCUCUUUUGCACUUAUUGCUUCACAUUCUCGGCUUCCUCAAAUUGGGCAAUGUGUUUGAGGAAGUCUGAGGAAAUCAAAUCCUUGCUCAGCUCAUUUGGUAACCUUGGGCUGAGAGUGAUUGGCCCCAUCGUACCUCACUGGGUUAUUGCGGGAAUGAAAUGGAGGAACUAGAUACCCUGGGUUCCUUCGAGUCGGAUGAAAUAAUAUUCCAGUCCUUGGUUUUUCAGAAGUGAAAACCGGCAUUCAUAAGAUCUCAUGCACGUCAAUCCAGUUUGGUAUACUUAGUUUAUAGUGGAGGAGUUUUUAUCUUUGGAAAGAGAAUGUGGCAAAAAUCUGAUGACCAAAUCCUCAGAGGGGACCCUACAGUUCCCAUAAUCCCUGACUCUAGGUCACACCGGAGUUGUUCAGUGAUGUAUAUGGUCACUAUCCUGUGGCCUUAUUUACCCUUAAUGAUUGCAAAUGGAAGUGAAGACUUUAUAAUCUGGCCUCGCUCCUCAGGAUAGUUCAAUUUCCGGUGCGUUUGGGGAGGAAGGAAACAUCAAAACUUUUAUUUUUGUCUGUUUGGAGACGAGGGGCGGGCGAAUAGAAUGUACGGUGGUCAAAACCUUAACUGCUUUCAUGGGAUUUCUCUUGUAGAAAGUACCUUUCUACAUCUUUUCAGAAUCGUACGGAGGCAAAAUGGCUGCUGGCGUCGCUUUGGAACUGCAUAAGGUACGUGGAUCAAACCUUUCCCUGAAGGCGGGGAGGCAAUAACUUGUGUCCCUCUAGAGAUCACUGGGCUACAGCUUCCCUCAUCUCUGACCAUUGGUCAUGCUGGCUGUGGCCGAUGGAGUCUGAAGGGUGACAGGUUUCCCAUCUCUGUGCUAAAGAGAUUGGAUUCUUCCUUAGCAACAUGGCUCUUCUCAUGGGUGCUAGCUAAUAAUCAUCUGCCACCGUUGCCAUCAGUUGUGGAAAACGGUCGUACCUUGGUUCUUGAACGCCUUGUGACUUGAAAGUUUUGGCUCCUGAACGCCACAAACCCGGAAGUGAGAGUUCCAGUUUGCGAAUGUUUUUUGGAACCCAAAUGUCCGACGCAGGUUCUGCAGGUUCUCAUUCAGUGCAGGAAGCUCCUGCAGCCAAUUGGAAGCCACCCCUUGGUUUUCAAACGUUUUCAGAAGUCAAACGGACUUCCGGAAUGGAUUCUGUUCAAGAACCAAGGUACGACUAUACUGGCUGCCUCUCUGUUUGCUCUGAAACAGCACCCAAAAUCUACAGGCCUUGUUUAUAGGUCCACGUGUUCUUGAAGGCGGUACUGUCAAAUUGCUGGUGCCCUACUCAAAAUACUACAUAUUGUUUGUAUUGGUGUAGAUCUCAUUUUACACAAACUCUUGUUGACUUUUUUUCCUUUUUCAAAGGCUGUUCAAGCUGGGACCAUAAAGUGCAAUUUUCUGGGUGUAGCACUUGGCGAUUCGUGGAUUUCUCCUCUAGGUAUGUUAAUGGGAGUCUUGAGAACAUCUCUCCUGUCAUCCUUGUAAUCAGGGAUUUUUUUCAGCCGGAGUGAAUUUAGCUGGCUGUUAAGGAAGUCUAUUGCAUCAUGGAGACUCAUGAUUUUUCUUUUUUACCCUUUAGAUUCUGUGAUUUCCUGGGGACCUUACCUUUACAGCACUGUAAGUGUUUACUCGGUCCAUGCUUUUUGCAGUUUUUUUACUUUUUCAUGAGAACCGUCAGAUCUAAGGCCCGUCCAGCCCAGAAUCCUUGUAUUUCCAUAGGCAGACGGUCAUAUUUUCAUGUGAAAUGCAAAAGCUACUCCCUCUUGUUUGGGCUGCAGUACUCUCAGAUGCUAGGGCGGCCCCUUAUACUGUGUACACACAAUACAUUUAAAGCACAUUCUCCCGCCCUCCCAAAUAAUCCUUCAGGUUGUCAUUUGUUAAACUCUGUGAUAAGUAAACUGCAAUUCCCAGGAUACCUUGUGUUUCUGUGGGGUGCUUUAUAGAUAUGGUAUGUAUGGAGCUUCAGGCAUCACCGAAUAAAAGAGGAUUCGGACUUGCAUAAGAAUUACAUGUGCUAAUUUAAGUGUAUAGAUAAAAUUUUUGAAAUACACAAUAUGCCCUACCUUAGUGCAGAAUACUGUGACUUGGUGUGUACCUGGCCUUUCUCGGGGUGCUAAGUGUUGAUAAGCAACUUCAGGGUCCCUGCUGUCUCUUUUCUAUAGUUCUUGAUCUUUAACCCAUCCUUGGACCACACAUCCUUUUGAAUAGAGGACGCCUUUCUCAUAGAGGACUGUCUUCUUGAAAGUAUAGGUACCUUGUCCCCAGCAUAUGGCAGGGUGGUCAACACAUCUGUCAUAUGAUUUUCAUGUAUGUUCAUUUUCCCUAUUUUGCACUGCAGUCUUACCUUGACGAUAAAGGUUUGAAACAAGUGACCACAGCUGCCAAAAAGGUCCUUGAUGCUAUGAAUAAAAGGCAAUUUAAGCUGGCUACAUUGCUUUGGAGUAAGGCCGAAGAUACCAUAGAGGAGGUAAGCUUUGUAAGGAGUUUGUAUUAGCAGAUUAGACAGAGGUCAGCAACCUAAGGCCUGUGGGCCGGAAGUGGCCCAUGAAGGUCGCUUAACCAGCCCAUGAGCCACCCCCGAACUGAGACGCUCACUCAGCGAGUCCCCGCGCGCUGCACUAAACUAGCUCAGCGCGGCACAGGUACUCUCUUCCGCGGCUCCGGAAAUUGCUUCUGCGCAUGCCCAGAUGCCGGAAAUUGUGUCUGUGCAUGUCCAUGGUGAGGGACGUGGGUGGCACUGUGGGUUAAACCACAGAGCCUAGGACUUGCCGAUCAGAAGGUCGGCGGUUCGAUUCCCCGCGACGGGGUGAGCUCCCGUUGCUCGGUCCCUGCUCCUGCCAACCUAGCAGUUUGAAAGCACGACAAAGUGCAAGUAGAUAAAUAGGUACCACUCCAGCGGGAAGGUAAACGGCAUUUCCGUGCACUGCUCUGGUUCGCCAGAAGCGGCUUAGUCAUGUUGGCCACAUGACCCGGAAGCUGUACGCCUGCUCCCUUGGCCAAUAAAGCGAGAUGAGCCCCACAACCCCAGAGUCGGCCACAACUGGACCUAAUGGUCAGGAGUCCCUUUACCUAUGUCCACGGUGCUGGAAAUCGCUUCUGCACAUGCCCAGACGCCGAAAAUCGCUUCUGCAGAGGCACGAUUUUCGGCAUCUGAGCAUGCACAGACACGAUUUCCGGCGUCGCGCUGCACCGGUCUGGCCCACAGAGGAUGCCAACCCCUGGUUUAGUAGUUUUGAAGAAGCAGAGACAGUUUGAUGACUGGGUGCAAAGAAGACUCAACUCAUGACUUGUGGUAGGGUUGCCAUAGGUCUGGUUUUUUUGCAAACAGAACCAGGAAGUGUGUGUCAAAAAAAAACCACCCUCAACAACUUUUUGGACAAUCGCCUUCCUUAAAAAGCUCAUUCUCCCCCACCGAAAAGCUGAAUUUUGACUUGUCAUGAGGGAAAACCCAGAGCUGUAUAAAGCUGAGGUGUACUGAUGUCUUCUGGUGAGAAGCUCUCAUUCUCGCUCUCCUCACUGCAUUCUCCAUUUUCUUUUCUAGUACACGAAUGGUGUGAAUUUCUAUAACAUUCUGACUCAGGAUACUACUUCAUCUACAGCUGCUGCAUCCAUUGCAAGCGAAACAGUCCCUGUGUGUAAGUUCAGAGGGAAAUGCCCUAUUUGAGGGCAGGUUUAUCAUUGCCAGAAAUAUCUUUGUGCCCCAGACACAUUUCCUCCAACCGUCACAUUUGGUGGCAGAUUUGGGAAUUUCCAUGUUUUUCCACGCAAGGCCUCAUUUAUGGCCUUGGAUGCUGCACUGGGUCAUAUGACUAGACAGGUCAUAUGACCAAGGAAAGGAAAUAUUUCUCCUGGGGAAUCUUUCCUAGCACCAAAUUGCAUGACGGUGCCAAGCCAUGACUUUUUAAUUUGUCUUUUAGCUAUUAGUUUUGAUUCUGCUGCCACUUAUGGGAUGUUUUAUUGCUGUCUCACGCUGUCUGAUUCCCCCCAAGCUAUAGUAGGCUGUUUUUGUUUUGUUGGUUUUUAAAUUUUUGGCCUACUAGGAAUCGCCCUGCAGUUCUUGCAACUGAAGGGCGAGGAUUUAGGCUCUAUAAUUAAUAUGCGUCAUCUUUCCAGAUAAACCGGCUCGUGCAGUCUCCAAUAAAAGCCUUUCUCUAUUUCUCUCCCCUUCUCUUUCCAUAAGUGAAACUCUUCCAGCGUCAUGUACAACAUCAAAGUAAGGACAAGUUGAGUGAUUUGAUGAACGGGCCCAUCAGGAAGAAGCUGAAAAUAAUUCCAGACCAUGUCAAGUGGGGAGGUAGGGCCAUAACUUCUGGAAUAAAGCUGAAAAUUUCCUAGUAUCAUAAGCGGUAUUUUGUAUACUCUGAUCUCUGGAAAAUUGAGGGGGUGGUCCUUUUGAUAGAGCAGGGAUAGCCAAACUCGGCCCUCCAGAUGUUUUGGGACUACAACUCCCAUGAUCCCUACCUAACAGUGGCCAGGGAUGAUGGGAGUUGUAGUCUCAAAACAUCUGGAGGGCCGAGUUUGCCUAUGCCUGUGAUAGAGCAUUUCCAGUCUGUUUCCCUAUAUCUCGGGUUAAGUACCUCGGGUUAAGUACUUAAUUCGUUCCGGAGGUCCGUUCUUAACCUGAAACUGUUCUUAACCUGAAGCACCACUUUAGCUAAUGGGGCAUCCUGCUGCCGCCAUAGCACGAUUUCUGUUCUCAUCCUGAAGCAAAGUUCUUAACCCAAGGCACUAUUUCUGGGUUAGCAGAGUCUGUAACCUGAAGUGUAUGUAACCUGAGGUACCACUGUAACUCUUCCACUUUUUGAACUGGAUUCUUGAGUUACCUUCUACAGUGGUACUUCGGGUUACAAACACUUCGGGUUACAGACUCCGCUAACCUGGAAGUGGUCCUUUGGGUUAAGAACUUUGCCCCAGGAACAGAAAUCACGUGGCAGCAACAGGAGGCCCCAUUAGCUAAAGUGGUACCUCAGGUUAAGAAUGGUUUCAGCUUAAGAACGGACCUCUGGAACGAAUUAAGUUGGUAACCAGAGGUACCACUGUACAAAGAAAGAAAUUGUGAUGCAAUGGAAGAUCCCACCUGUUCGAAGAGCAGAAGUGGCUUCCAUCAAAAGCCCCACCCCCCUGCAGCCCAGUGCCAGAUUUCUGUAUAAGUUAAACAAGCUAUAGCUCUCUUGGGGCACCCCCAAAAAAAUUAAAGGGGAAAAAACUGGAUGUACGUUUCCAAAAUAUAAGAUAAAAAACAAAUAGAAUAAAACCGAUACACAACAAGUGUUUUUGUGUUGUGUAGGCUCCUAUGAUGUAAGUCAUGGGCCCCGCCUGCUAGCCUGCUCCCUAAAAUAUCACCGGUUUGCUCAUUUCUAUAUAUAGGGUGCCUACAUUUUGCCUGGACUGGAUGCAUGGCAGACUGCAGUGCAGCAGAGUUGUAUGUCGGCCAAGUUGUUGUACCUGUUAUCUAAUAUUAAAGAGUGCUUGUAGACUGAUGAUCAGGGAACAUAGACCAAGGGUGUGAGUCUUAUGCUUAGUGAUUGGUUUCAUGUAAUACAUAAUUUGUUUAUUUUGAUCCCAUUAUAAAAUUACUUCUGAAAAAUAUUCAUCUUUAUUAUUUAGUAAAGGUAAAGGGACCCCUGACCAUUAGGUCCAGUUGUGGCCGACUCUGGGGUUGCGGCGCUCAUCUCGCUUUAUUGGCCGAGGGAGCUGGGACUAAGCAACGGGAGCUCAUCCAGUCGUGGGGAUUCGAACUGCCGACCUUCUGAUUGGCAAGUCCUAGGCUCUGUGGUUUAACCCACAGCGCCACCCACGUCCCUCAUUAUUUAGUAGGCCUAUAUUAUUAUUUACUAGUGCAGUUCCCUAUUAACGCCCACUUGCUACUAUAGUACUAUAUAGAAAUAUUAUAAUUAUAUUAAAUAUUUUACUUACUUACUUACUUAUUAAGGGCCCCAUUACCUUCAGUAGCUUAGGGCCUCAUGAAACCUAAAUCCGGCCCUGCUGCAGCCCCACUUGUCCCCAGUGCUCCAGAGCAGAUUUGUGGGGAGCAGUGGGGAAAGAAAGUAUCUACUAAAAUUGCCUCCCCUUUCUGCUGGUUGGAGUGUUCCAUGGGCAGAAGGAAACUCAAGAUCCCAACCAAUGGGUGAUAGUCAACUAGGUUUUACUCAAGAGUAGACCCAUUAAACUUAAUGGACAUGCCUAGGUUUCAGUAGGUUUACUCUGAGUAAACCUUAAUGGACAACCACCCUGUGGAUUGCAUCUAAUCUUAGUCAUACUUGGAGCAGACCACGGGUAGGCAAACUAAGGCCCGGGGGCCAGAUCCGGCUCAAUCGCCUUCUAAAUCUGGCCCGUGGACAGUCCGGGAAUCAGCGUGUUUUUACAUGAGUAGAAUGUGCGCUUGUAUUUAAAAUGCAUCUCUGGGUUAUUUGCGGGGCAUAGGAAUUUGUUCAUUUUUUCCCCCUUCAAAAUAUAGUCUGGCCCCCCAUAAGGUCUGAGGGACGGUGGACCAGCCCCUUGCUUAAAAAGUUUGCUGACCCCUGGAGUAGACUCAUUGAAAUUAUUGGACAUAACUUAGCUGCAUUGAUGUCAGUGGGUUUACUCUGAGUAGUACUUAGUUGGACGCAAGCCUUUGAUUCUAAAUUACAUUCUGACCUGAUGGCAGUUGUGAACCUUGGUGGAAAACUCUUUCUGUCUUGGCAGGCUUGUUUAGUUUUAAGAGAGCACGUGGAAGUAUAUUCUUCUCAAUUACUUUUCUCUGUUUAAUGAGAAGAACGUAUAUACAUGAAGACUUUAAAAUUCACACUUCUAUUUUUAAAAAAAUGCAAAUUCAUUGUUGGAGUUGAUACGCAGUUUUAUUUGCACAGAAAAAAAUGGAAGGUGGUCGACUGUUGUUUCUUAAAGAAAGUACAUGCCACUGGAUGUUCUGAUUUCUUCUCCAACACAUAAAAUGUUCUACUUCUCCUUAGCAGUAUAUCAUACUGACUCGGAUAACUCCGGGCCUGGCCCCAUGAGUGGUAAAGCCACACUGAUUAUAUUUCCUUUCCUUGCCCCGUCUCUUAAUGUUUUUGCCAUCAUUCUUCCAGGCCAGUCAAAAGACGUGUUUGCGAAUAUGGCUGAAGACUUCAUGAAGAAUGUAAUAGAUAUCGUAGACGACUUGCUGGCAGCCAACGUCAAUGUUACUGUCUACAAUGGACAGUUGGAUCUCAUCGUUUCUACCAUAGGUAAGGAUAUUUCUGAGAUAGGGAGGAUGAUGAUAUAGGCAAAGUGUAGCAUUUUUGAAAUCCCAUUUGCGUCUCACAGUCAUGAUACUAUAUAGCAGGGUUUCCCAAACUCUUUUCAGACUACAAUUCCCAUCAUCCCUGACCACCGGUCUUGCUAGCUAGGGAUGAUGGGAGUUGUAGUUCAAAAACAGCUGGUGGUCCACGUUUGUAAAACCUUGGUGUAAGUGUUAAACUUGCUUGCUAAGGUGUUCAAAUACUUGCUGUGCCCCAUUCUGAGACUUCACCAGUCGUUACUCCAAUGUUUUCAAAGCUAUAAGAUCUAGAAACUUAAUAUUUGCUUCCUCCCACCUCCUGCAGCUGUCUAUCAACCCAGCUUAAGAGGAGCUGCAAAGAUGUGCAAUACUGAUAAGCCAUUCAGGCUGAGUUCUUGCAGUGUGCAGUUGAUAAUAUACACAACUGACUGGCUUUCAGGGCCUGUUUGAUCACAAGGCAAUAUGAUCAAUUCCCUGAGAACACAGAUUGACUUGUAGCCAUGAGAACUCAGGCUUCUGGAAGCAUGCUUGAAUGCCUGCCCAAAUAUUUGGAUUAUAGUGGUACCUCGGGUUACAUACGCUUCAGGUUACAUACACUUCAGGUUACAGACUCCGCUAACCCAGAAAUAGUGCUUCAGGUUAAGAACUUUGCUUCAGGAUAAGAACAGAAAUUGUGCUCUGACGGCGCGGCGCCAGCAGGAGGCCCCAUUAGCUAAAGUGGUGCUUCAGGUUAAGAACAGUUUCAGGUUAAGAACGGACCUCCCAAACGAAUUAAGUACUUAACCCGAGGUACCACUGUAUAACCAGGUUGUCUUGUCCUAGGCUAAAACAAGAACUUCUGCAAAAUGUACAAAACCUAUACAGUCAUACCUCGGGUUACAGAUGCUUCAGAUUGUGUUUUUUUGGGUUAUGGACCGCUGAAACCCGGAAGUAUCAGAACAGGUUACUUCCAGGUUUUGGCAGUCGCACAUGAGCAGAAGCACUAAAUCGCAACCUGGGCGUGCGCAGAUGCGCCGCUGCAGGUUGCGAACAUGCAUCCCUCAUGGAUCACGUUCGCAACCGGAGCAUCCACUGUAUUCAAAUAUCCACUUUUAUGUCGUUAUCGCUUUACACCUAAGGCAACAUGGUUUGUGGAGACCUGACUUGGGAACAAGCUUGCUGGCUCAGGUUUGCACAGUGGCGUAGCGUGGGGGGUGCAGGGGGGGCCGGCUGCACCGGGCGCAACAUCUGGGGGGGGCGCGCUUGCACUCGCAGCUCUCUGCCCCUACCUGGCUCACUCACUCUAGGGGGCGCAAAUUACUUGCCUUGCCCCGGGUGCUGACAACCCACGCUACGCCUCUGGGUUUGCAUUUAAGAUGCAAACAACCUCCCAGGAAGAGGUGAAUCCGCAGCACCCAAUUUAGAAAAGUAAUUUUGAAGGCGGUUCCAGAGACUAUAAUUGUUAGUAUCAGGAAAGACAGGGUGGAGACGAGAGGCGGUGACUGUAGAAGUCACAGGCAUAUUCUGUGUGCACGCGCCAGUUGCUUAGAAAUGUCUUAAAUGAUUCCCUGAUAGUGUCAUGGUUCUCCUCGGGUAGUUGGCAACCCACCUUUUUGUAACAUCUCAUCCUGUUGCCAGUUGAGUCACUCUAUUUCAAUAUUCCUGCCCUUGGUUCCUCAUUCUGGUUUGGAUUCAGUGCCAGUCGGUAGUGUUUCUUGCACGAGUGCUCUGUCCUCUGUCACUCAGUACAGCCAUGAAGAGGAGAAUGCAGUUUGUAAUGCCCAAUCCCAAACUACAGUUUCUUAACAAUUCCGGCUUGCCUUCCUAAGAUACUGGACUCGGCUACGUUAGUAAAGAAACAGUGAUUUGAAUGUGCUAUAAACAUGCAGCACCAGAUGGCGCCAGAGAGCAGGAAUUUUUUAUACGCCCUUUUCCAUAGGGUUUUUUAUUUAGUUUUUGUUAUAAUCUAAUUUCUGACUUAUUUAUAGUGGUCCCCCCUGCCCGUGUGUAGAUCCACCCAUUGUCAAGACCAGGCAUAGGCAAACUCGGCCCGCCAGAUGUUUUGAGACUACAAUUCCCAUCGUCCCUGACCACUGGUCCUGUUAGCUAGGGAUGAUGGGAGUUGUAGUCCCAAAACAUCUGGAGGGCACAGUUUGCCUAUACCUGUACUAAGGGAUGAGCAGAGAUGUAUACCGCAGGGUUAAAUGAAAAACAAGUUUCUAUGCCAGGCAUAGGCGAACUCGGCUCCCUUGGCCUGAAAGCGAGAUGAGCGCCACAACCCCAUAGUCGCCUUUGACUGGACUUAACUGUCCAGGGGUCCUUUAACUUUACCCCCUUUCAGGCUUCCUAUGGGCAGCAGAGCUCUUUUUUGUUCCUUUAAAUUGAUUACAGUGGUACCUCAGGUUACAUACACUUCAGGUUACAGACUCCGCUAACCCAGAAAUAUUACCUUGGGUUAAGAACAGAUGAGAACAGAAAUCGAGCAGCGGCAGCACAGCAGCAGCAGGAGGCCCCAUUAGCUAAAGUGGUGCUUCAGGUUAAGAACAGUUUCAGGUUAAGAACGCACCUCCGGAACGAAUUAAGUACGUAACCAGAGGUACCACUGUAUAUUGAUUAUUGCAGGGCUGGGGGGAAAGUGUAGUAUUCCAGGGUCUUCUAAAACAGAUAGCAAAACCCAGUAAGGACAUUUCCUGCUACCGCCACCAUUUUUUGUGGAGUGUGAUGUCUGGCAAAGCAGGACACCUCUUUCUUACAUGAGCAUUUUCUCUCCCCCCCCCUCAAUUAUCUCUUUAGGCCAGGAAGCAUGGCUGCGGAAACUGAAGUGGCCCAUGCUGAAAAAGUUUACUGCGCAAAGGUGGAAGCCUUUAUAUGUAGGAUCAGAAUCCACAGCGACGGCUGCUUUCCAUAAGUCCUAUGAAAACCUGGACUUUUUCUGGAUUCUGAAAGCUGGGCACAUGGUAAGUUAACUCAUAUGCCUUGGGAAAGAAACAAAAUGGAAUAUAAAGGAGACUUGAUUGCUUUAAAUUGGAUGCUCCUGUUGCAGUCUUUUCAAGGAGUUACGUUGCUGGCAGUCGCAGUACAUCAUUUUUGGGUGCAAUGACUCGGAGAGCAGGGAUUUAGCACCGUAUGGAGAAUCUUCACUAAUGCUCCCGUGCAAGGUGCCAAAGGAAAUAGUUAUAAUAGCCGUCUUAAUAUUUCACAGAACAAGGAACACGGAACAAUUGAGUUGAAACCUUUUAUUGGUCCAGCUGGUUUUAUAAAAUACUGCUAGAAGCUUUCAAGCUGCAAAGUGUGUGUGUGUUUAAAGGCCUGUGUGUUUAAGAGAGAGAAAUACAUAAAAACCAAUAGGUUAUAUGUGACCAGGCUUAUAGUCAUAACAGUUCCACAAAAAGGCACUUGAAAUAGGGUUGGGGGCUGUUUAUCAUCGAGCCAAGGCUAGGCUACUUCUGGUAUGCAGGUGGUGCUGUGGUCUAAACCACUGAGCCUCUUGGGCUUGCCAAUCAGAAAGUCGGCGGUUCGAAUCCCUUUCGAUGGGGUGAGCUCCCGUUGCUCUGUCCCAGCUCCUGCCAAUCUAGCAGUUCGAAAGCACACCAGUACAAGUAGAUACCGUAUUUUUCGCUCUAUAAGACGCACCAGACCACAAGACACACCUAGUUUUUGGAGGAGGAAAACAAGAAAAAAAAUAUUCUGAAUCUCAGAAGCCAGAACAGCAAGAGGGAUCGCUAUGCAGUGAAAGCAGCAAUCCCUCUUCCUGUCCUGGCUUCUGGGAUGGCUGCGCAGCCUGCAUUCGCUCCAUAAGACGCACACACAUUUCCCCUUACUUUUUAGGAGGGAAAAAGUGAGUCUUAUAGAGCAAAAAAUACGGUAAAUAGGUAUGGCUGCAGCGGGAAGGUAAACAGCAUUUCCAUGUGCUCUGGUUUCUGUCACGGUGUCCCGUUGCUCAAGAAGUGGUUUAGUCAUGCUGGAAAGCUGCACAUGACCUGGAAAGCUGUCUGUGGACAAACGCCGGUUCCCUCGGCCUGAAAGCGAGAUGAGGGCCGCAACCCCAUAAUCGCUUUUGACUGGACGUAACCGUCCAGGGGCCCUUUAUACUUCUGGUACCUGCCUGGGCCUGAAUAAGAACUACAAAGGAUGAAAGGGAAAGGGAAGCGAACACAACUGCUUUGUCCUUAAGGGGCCAUGUCAAAAUGACUAAACGCUGUAGGUAGUUAGGGAAAAUCCUGAAAUCACCAACUGCCAGCAAGAGACAAAUCUCUUGAUGUCGCAGUAGUCGCUGCAGUUCUGUUUCUUACAGUGUGGAAGCGUGGAGAGGGCACAAUGAUGAUUGGAUAAUUUAUUCAAGAUGGCAGGCUCCCAUAAGUUGAGACCUUUCAUUAGACGAUAGUGAUAUGAUGAGAUUGCACUGGCCUUUGUUUCUUGGGAAUUUUUCAAUCCCGUCGUUGCGCUUGAAAUCAGUAGGCCUCAGAUUUCUCUUACGGUUCUCUACCUACGCCAAAAAAUACUGUGUGUGGAGGGGAGGGGAGCCUUACCCUGGCAUCUCUGGAUCACUGUCUUUAAAUGAUAGCAAAUCCUGAGAUGAAUAAUAUUAUACCUGGGGUUUGCCCCCCCCUUUUCUUUUCUAAAUGACUAAUCAUUAGCUGUGGCUACCUGUGACAUUCUCUCUAGCUGCUUCUAUCAUCAUUAUUUAUUAUUUAUUCAGUUUUCAUACCACUCUUUAUCAAAAGAUCCUGGGGCAGUGAACAACAUUAAAAACACGUUACAGAACAUCCAUAAUAAAAACAUAAUAAAAAAGCAUAGUGACAGACAGACAAAUAAUAAAAGAGUUAAUAGCAGUCCAUGCAUGCCAACAUGAUGUGAUAGAGUCCUGAAGAAUUAUUAUUAAUAAUAAUAGUUUGCAGACCGCCCUAUACCCGCAGGUCUCAGGGUAGUUCACAAGAUAAAAUCAAAAUAAAAACAAAAACAACCCCAAAAAGCCCCAGCCACAUUGUAAAAGGCUUGGAUCCUGAACACAUUGCAAGUCGAACGUUUUGGCUCCUGAACACCACAAACCCGGAAGUGAGUGUUCCGGUUUGUGAAUGUUCUUUGGAACCCGAACAUCCGACGUGGCUUCCGAUUGGCUGCAGGAGCUUCCUGCAAAUCGGAAGCCGCGCCUUGGUUUCCCGACGUUUUGGAAGUCAAAUGGACUUCCGAAACGGAUUCCGUUCGACUUCCGAGGUACCACUGUGCUUGGACCUAGGAGACCAGGGUUGAAAUCCCCUCUCAGCCAUGAAGCCGAUUAUCUCUCAGCCUAACCUACCUCACGCUGCUGUUGCAAGGAUUAAAUGGAGACAGGAAGAAGUGUGUUUGUGUAAGAGCUCUCUGGAGAAAAGGUGGAAUAAAAAUGUAAUAAUGGAAAGAGAGUAAAGAUCACGUUCCUCUCCUUAACAGGUACCAGCUGACCAAGGAGAUAUGGCGCUGAAAAUGGUCAAGAUGGUGACCCGCCAAUGCCGCUAAGAGAACUGGGACCAGCUGGCUUGGCUUUCCCACAAGAGCGCAUCAUGCUGUUGGAAUGUUCUCAUUGCACACGGAACUUGCGGGUGGGACAGUAGCUCUUCAGCAUGAUUGAGUGUUUCCCCGAUAUGAUACGCUAUGCAAGGCAUUUUAUUUUUUAAAAGCAUUUCCUUUCACACUCCUCUGAAACCACAGCCUCUGCCUCCGCAGUACCCCCACUGACCUUCGGUACGAUAAAUUAAUUCACCGAACAUCUGCUUUCUGCACUGUUGUCCCUUAAAACGGGUAAGAGCUUAGGAUCAAUUGAGGUUUGCCGAGCCCCCGGAGGACGAGUGAAAAGCAGAGGCUCUGUUAGACGAGCCCUUCUAUUAAACCACGGCGUUUGUUGUGAAGGACUCAGGGCAACCUUGUAUGUAGAAAACACAAAACAAGGCUACGAAAUAUAUUAGGAGCCACUUUGUAGUCAGGCUGGGUGGGGCUGUUUGGUUGACCCCGGAGACAAAAGGCCACGUGGCACCAAAGUGCACAGGCUCGUAAAAUGUGUGGGGUGGGGAUGGGGAAAUGCAAAUUAUGAUAGGGAAAUUUUAUUGCAUCUAAUUUUAAGGUGACUAUUUUUUAUAUAUCUACGCAUUCAGAAAAGCACCGUUACGCAGGCAGUCUGGGCUUGCAGCCCUAGCUUUAAACUCCCAAAGAUACCAGUCUUCCUUUUGCAACCUCCUGAAGCUUGAUCUACGGCGCAAAGGUCUGAAACAUGGCCGUGGGGAAACAGGCCACAGCGAUCGCAGCAUCAGCGCCCCUGUUUUUCACUGUUGAUGUGAUUGAGGCUACAGUCUUGGGCAGAGGGACCAGCAGUGGCAGGGGACUAGCGGGGAACAGGGCAGCGCUUAACCCUUGCACUCCUGCCCAGUUUCCCCACUUGAACUAGACCCAAUGGAAACGAUCUCAGCAGUAACUCAACCUGUUGUUUAAAAACCCAGCACGACAUUGUAAUGGUGUUGUGGGGUGUGUUUUUUUGGUAGGUAUUCUUUCCUGUGCUUCACGUUUUCUUGUUAAAUUGGGCAGCUGGCAGUAAGGGCAGCUGCUGCCACCUUAAUGAGGACUGGUUGCUAGGCUUGUUUUGUUUUUGCUGUUUACAAUCCCUCCUUGAAUGAAACGAGGACAUCAGCCAGCAACUCCCAAGGUGGGUAUGCAGAUCUCUGGACCUUUGUUGCUCCGUGAAAUGGGAAGAUGAAAGAAAAGGUCUUGCCAGAUGCUGCUUUGCGUUGUCCUCUCGUGGCUGUCCCGUCGCGCCCGUGCCCUCCCCCCGAGUUUAGAAGUCGAUACAGCAGCACCCCAAGAUCAAAUUGCAAUACAUCUCUCGAACAUUUGUCCAGGAGGAGAGCGCUGUGUGUUGUUCAAAUAUGCCGGAUGUUGGAAAUGGAAACCCAUGUUGCUUAUUUAUGCAUGUCUUUCUGAUGACUCUGAAUAAAUAAUAAAUGGAUGGAAGCCACA